CCCGGGGGCACCGUACUGUCAUGUCUGCUUCCUCGCAUAACCAGAACGCGCCUUAGUACUUUCACGCCGUGUGUGGGUUAUACAUUGGGUGAGAAAUGGAGGAGAAGAUCGUGAAGGAACCAUGGUUCCUGGCCUCCCUUCAGCAAUUUCUUCACCUUCCUUUCACCCCAGACGUGAAGGAAGUUCGAAUACAGAACGUCCCCGAGGGGAAGGCCUUUGAGACAGAAGCCUUGUUCUACUUUGACUUCCUAAAUGCCCUGCAUGGUCAGCUCUCAUCCAUGAGUCAGCCAUGGCCUCCACUUGCUGUCCCUCGUCUCUUCCAUGUACAAUCUGGGACGUUGGUGAUCCUGGAAGAUGUCCACAAGAAUUAUGGCCAUUCUAUGAUUGCCUUUCCCCAGCACAUCCCUCAAGGUCACAUGAAGAAGCUGGUCGAGGAAUUGGCUCGCAUCCAUGCUCUCUCCCUCUUGGUCCUGGAUGAAUCUGCAGCUUCUCAUUUUUCCCUGUUCCUCAGGGAACCCGAGCCAGAUGAAUUCCGAGCUUCAGAAACCUUGAUCAAAGACUGGUCCACAUUUCUUCGAAUCCGGCAUCCAGGCAUGACUGAUUUGGCUGAGGCACUUGAGAAACUUGGACACAAGCAUCCUGAAACCCUGGUGGUGGAGAUUGGGAAGAAACCUGGAAGGAUCCACACUUUGACCCAUGGAGACUUGUGGCAGAAUAAUCUCAUGUGGAAAGAUGAUGGAAGCGUUAUGAUCCUAGAUUGGCAAGAAGUAAGCUACCGAAGACCAGCCUGUGAUCUUGCCACAUUUCUUCUCACAUCUUGCACGUCCCUUGAACGUCGAGAACUCACAGAUCCUCUCCUGGACCUCUACUGUGAGGUCUUCAAUGACACAACCAUGAAAUCUGGAUCCACCUUAGACUAUCCAAGGAGAGAAAUUGAACGGGAUUACAAGGAGUGUCUUCUGUAUGCCUUGAUUCGAUAUCUCAUAGCAGUCCCAUUUGUAUUGGCUUCAGUCCCUCCCACCCAAGGUGGGAAUGGAGGAUUUCUGCCUGGCCAUCAUCAUAAUCUUAUGCAGGAGAUCAUCAAAGGAAACAUCAAGGAUCAAGUACUGGAACAGAGGGUCCUUGAGGUUAUGUGCGAUCUUCAUGAUCUCCACAUCCUUUGA